UAUUUAAAGAAUUUUUAUAUAAAUCGGGCAAGAUGACGAACGCUACAAUACAGGAGAUAGAAGGCAUAGAUGACUAUUGGGGGCCGGCAUUCCGUUCAGUGUAUGAAGGUGAAGGCCACGAAGCCUUUGUCCAGCAGCUCGACGAACGCAUCAAACAGCACGACAAGGAAAUUGAGAAAUUGUGUAAUUUUCACUAUCAGGGUUUUAUAGAUGCCAUUCGUGAGCUAUUGCAAGUACGGUCUCAUGCUGAAGAGCUUCAUGCAGAGAUAUCUAAUGUUGAUGCCAAUGUUAAAGAGACUGCAGAGAGUUUAUGCUCCAGAGCUGAAGAGUUGAUCCGGGCUCGGAGAGUAGAGCUGAACAUUGCUUCUACCAUUGAGAAGAUGGAACUCUGUUUGCCACUACUCACCACAUACUCCAAACUCAAGUGCCAGGUUGAAGCUAAAAGGUACUACCCUGCCCUAAAAACGUUGGAACAGCUGGAACAUGUAUUGCUUCCCCGCGUCGGCCCUUACAAAUGGUGUUCACAAAUUUCGAAAGACAUCCCGCGGUUGCGUCAGGCCAUUCAGGACGCAUCCAUGGCUGAUUUGAGAGAUUUCCUGGAGAAUAUUAGAAGACUUAGUCCUCAGGUUGGAGCUAUGGCACUAAAGCAAACCCAAGAAAUGCUCGGAAGAAGCCUAGCUACUAUAGUAAAGAAUAAAACAGACAUGGCGGUACUGGGUAUAUCUGCAAAGGAGAGCAGCGGUCCGCAGUGUCCGCACGAGUUGGUAGACUUCAGCCCUCUGCACCGCUGUCUACACAUACACAGCGUGCUUGGCGCUAAAAACGACUUUGUACAAUACUACAGAGCGCAACGCAAACAACAAGCACGUCUCGUGUUAAUCCCUUCCGGCAACCUGCACGAUUCAAUGCAAAGUGUGAAGAACUACCUUAAUGCUGUACUAGGCUUCUUUAUACUUGAAGAACACCUUCUCACAACUGGCGCGGGUCUGGUGUCCAGAGAUUGGUUACUGGACACUUGGAGCAUGUCCGUGACAAAAGUGGCGUCUACAUUGAGGACCAACACGUCAUUGAUCACUGAUCCAACACUAAUGCUCAGCAUCAAGCAUCAGAUUAUGUUGUUUAUCAACACUUUGAAAUGCUACGGCCUUCCAACGGAGCCACUCCCACUGCUGCUGCAGGAGAUGGCUGAGCACUACACCGAGGUGCUGAUGCAGCGUUGGGUGGUUGUCUUCCGGGACAUUCUCGACAACGCUUCCUUUUUGCCCAUUGAGGUGGAAAACCAAGAUCAGUUCGACGGCGUCAUGGAUACGUUCCCUUACGACAAUGACGACUUGGAAACGCAGCCGUUCCCCAGAAAAUUCCCAUUCUCAUCGAUUGUGCCAUCAGUAUAUGUUCAAGUGAAGGAAUUUAUUUAUGCCUGGCUCAAAUACUCCGCUGGCCUUGGACUAGGGGGCGAUCGUCGCGCGGCAGCGGCGCGUCAUUCUGCCUCGCUGCUGUUAAGCCGUUCUUUCACCGGUUGCCUCUCCGCGCUCUUUCAUCGCCCCUUACCACUCAUGCAGCUGGUUCAGAUAAUCGUAGACACCAAGUAUUUGGAAGACGCCACGAUAUGUCUCUACGAAUUCAUUAGCAACAUCACGGGAUCCGAACUUGUCACUACUCAGACGGCAGGCAGUAUGUUCCAGUCGGCGCGCGACGACGCCGAGAAACAAAUAUGCGACAAUCUCGAGAAGAAAGUCGACGAGUUCCUCGACUUGGAAAACUACGAUUGGCUCUUAGUUGAGCCGACGGGACAGGCGUCCUCCUUCGUUACUGACAUGCUGAGUUAUUUGUCCGGAGUGCUGUCGUCUUUGGAACAGCUGCCGGAGAGAGCGCGGGUGGCAGCAGUCCGAGCAGCUGUAUGUCGCAUAGCCACCCGUCUCCGCAACCUUCUCCUCGACCCAGCUGUCAAGCAGAUAUCGUCAGGGGCUCUUUACCAACUAGACCUGGACGUGAUUCAGUGCGAACAGUUCGCCGCUGGAGAGCCCGUACCCGGCUUGAGGGAGGGGGAACUGCUGGAGUACUUUGCGAGUUUAAGGCAACUUCUGAACCUCAUAACUGGAUGGGACUGGUCUUCAUACCUCCACGACGUCGGCAUCGACGGCGGCAAAUACGCCCUAGUAACUCCUCGUGACGCGGCUACUCUCCUCGAGAAAUUGAAGGAGGCCGAACAAAAGUCCUCAGUCUUCUCUGUACUGAAGAAGAAUGAAAGAGACAGACGAAAGUUGCUCGACACCGUCUUGAAGCAGUUGAAACAAUUGCAGAAUCAGGACGGCUCUUAGACAUAUGGUUUAGUUAUUUUUAUAUGGGAAAUGUGCUCUAAGAAAAGACGAAUAGAGGUGAAUAUUUGUGCAGUCGCUAAUUUCCAGACUUAAUAAUUUGAUAGAUAUUUCUUACAUUACUGGUUAUAGGGUGUGACGCCACCAGGUCGGAUAUCACCGCCCUUUCUACUUGUGCCGCAAUGCAGCACCGCUGUUUUUCGGAGUAAUACUUCAUUUAGUAUUACAAAUGUGGAUCAUCUGACUCUAUGCCAGUAUGAAUAUAUAAGAAAAAGACAGUUUUGAAAAUAUUUUUCCCUCUUAACUAAUAGCGAGUAUUAUUUAUUUUAUUGUGAAAAUACUGUUUGUUUGUUAUUAUUAUUGAUAGAAAGAUCGAAGAACACAAAGAUAGAUUCUCGGAUCUGAUUGGACUCCUGUACUCAUGGCCCAGUCAGACAGAAGAUUUUUUUUUAUCUUGUUCGAUUUUUGUAUCAACAAUUCUGCCGUGCUUACAAUAUUAACAGUAAGUAUGUUUGAAAUGCUGAGGACCGGGCGAAAUGGCGCGCAUUGGGAGUGGCCUAUGUCCAGCUUUGGACUGUGAUAGGCUCUUGAUGUUUUAAAUACAUACAGACAUAUUGUUAUUAUCGUAAGCACGGAAGAAUAAUAAUAGAGAGUACAUUUGAUGACACAGUUUUUAAAUAUGUAAAAUUAGUUCAUGAAUUCGUCUGUCGACGGUUUGAAUCCCUAUGGCUGCAAUCUAC